AUGCUCUUUUUCUGUUGUUUCCAUGACAACCCAGACGCCUCUGGACAGAGAGUGAUGUCUUCAGUCAAAGUGGAAAGCACAGUGAAGGCGGGCGCUCUGCUUGGUGAAGGGCCGGUGUGGGAGGAGUCUGAUCAGACGCUGCUGUUCGUUGACAUAGGUGGACAGAAAAUCCACCGCUGGAGUCCGGCGACCAAUCAGAUCCAGUCCUUGGAAACAAGUCAGCCAAUCAUCAUGCAGGAAACAUUCCAAACAAUUUUUUGUUGCAGUUUCUAAAUUAUUAACCUGUCUGUCCAUCUUCAGGUGACAUGGUGAGCUUUGCAGUCCCUCGCAAGUCAGGUGGUUACGUGGCAGGAGUUGGUUGCAGCAUUGUUGCAGUUGAUUGGUCGACUCAGGCGAUGACACCACUGCUGGAGUUGGACAGUGACAAGCCAAAUAACCAACUAAAUGACGGGAAGGUCGAUCCAAUUGGACGGCUGGUUGCAGGUAGGUGAAGCCUACCUGUCCAUGUGAAGCAGUGUUGCUAUGGUGACAGCAGCUGUUGUAUUUUGUCUCAGGGACGAUGGGCAGAGAGGUGAGACCUGCAGAGCUGGAGAGAAAGCAAGGAUCUCUGUUCUCUGUAGACCCUGACCUGAAGUGGACAAAACACCUGAGCCAGGUAUCCACCUGUGUGUUUAUGUGUCUACGUCUUUAAAGGGAUAGAGUUAAAGGUAAUCGUCAAUAAAGAGUGCAUCACUCACUGGAGUUCCCCCUCAGCCUGGGCCCCUUGUUUAAAAAACAGUAAGUGACCUGGAACCAAAGCUUGGCUCUCGACUUCUGCAGAUGGACCCGACUGACCACAAAGUUCAGCUAAUUAUAAUAAAUGACAACCAGAACACUCUUCUGGGUGCGAGGACAAGCUCUCAUUGUGAACUGGAUUAUCAACAAAGGGGGCGAGCUGACCAGGAUCAGUUGUUGCUGAUCCACUUACAAAAGACAUAUACAUCAUAAAAUCCCACUUCAGAAAUCUGAACUGUCCCUGUGAUACCGGUCUGAUGGAAUAAGUCUCUCUCUCUCUCUCUCUCUCUCUCUCUCUCUCUCUCUCUCACAGGUGGACAUCUCUAAUGGGAUGGACUGGUCUUUAGAUCAGAGAACGUUUUUCUAUAUCGACAGUCUGGCUCUGAGCGUGGACGCCUUUGACUACGACAUAACCACAGGACAGCUAGGUAAGAGUGUACUGGUACUACAUUAAAGGGAUAUUCCGGUGUAAAUAGUUGCACUAAUCCUGCAUUUCUGCUUAUAUAUGUGUACUGUUAGCUGUAUUGGGGCUGCUUGAUUGUAUUACUAAUUUUAGUCCUCAUUUAUUUAAUCGACACUAUAUUUUUAAGACUAAUUGUGUUUAUGUGUUGCCCAGGUAACCGUCGAGUCAUUUACCGUAUGGAGAAGGAGGAGGGACUUCCUGAUGGGAUGACACUUGAUGCUGAGGGUUGUUUGUGGGUCGCUUGUUACAACGGCGGACGAGUCAUCAACAUUGACCCAGCUACUGGUUAGUAAUACUGGUUAUACUGGUUAUACUGGUUAGAGCAGGGGCUCCUCCACACUUCUCACUGGAGCUUAAAUCUUUGUAAAUGUUUCCAGGACAUUAACUUUUAGUUUUUUUUCCUGUUUUUUCAAACUUCUUCACUGUCCGCCAUCAGGCUGUUUUUGUUUAUGUAAUAAUCUUUUAUAUUUGUAUUUUAUUUUAUUGAGAUUAAAGGUUGUUGUAUGAUCUCAGGUGUGCGUCUGCGCACAGUCUCUCUGCCCGCCACGAAAACCACUUCCUGUUGUUUUGGAGGUCCAGACUUCUCUGACCUUUACGUUACUUCAGCCAGUCUUGGCCUCAGCCAAUCAGAGAAGGAAUCUCAGGUGGAGGCGGGGAAUAUCUUCAAGGUGAGUCUCUUAACUCACCUGUUUACACUCUGCACAGCACACACACACACAUACACACAACUGACCAUCUUUUGUCUGUAUGUGUCUGUGUAUGUGUGUGACAGGUGACAGGACUCGGUGUCAAAGGUCGUCCAACAUGGUUUUUCUCGGGAUGA